GCUGCAGGGCGAGAGAUGAUGGGCUGAGCAGCCGCUGCAGAGGCGCCCCAGGGCCAUGAGCUUCCAGUACAGUCCUGACACCGAUAUCGCAGACUGGCUGGCCACCAUCCACUUGGAGAGGUACCGGGAUGUUUUUAAGCGGCACGGCUACCAUGUGGCCAGAGAUGCCACCCUGCUGGAUGGGGAGGACUUGCAGCAGAUCGGCAUCACCGCCACUGGGCACCGCAAAAGGAUCCUGAACUUGGUGCGUCAGACACGGCUGUGUGGGCAGCCCCUGGAGGCACCCGCGGCAGGAGAUGCCCGUCCUCGAGCUGCUGCGGGCAUGGAGGCCCCGGACGUGUCCCACAGCCCCCACACCCRCGACGAGGCCGUGAAAGGAGGGACAGGAGGGGCCACUGACGUCUGUGGGAUGCAGCAACGCGCUGCUGCACCAGACCAGGCGUCCCCUUCGGAGAAGGAUCCUGCUCCACCCCUCGCCAGGCCAGUCCCCAAGCCACGGACGGUUUUCCAUCGCUCCAAGCCAGAGCAGGGCUUGGCGCCCACGCCAGCAGCGCGGAGCACGGUGCUGACACAAAGCCCGGACAGCGACAGGACUCCUGGGCCCUUCGUGGUGCUGGAGGGCUUUGUGCCGGGGGAGAGCUCCACUGACCUGGAGAGCCCAGAUCCCAGGCCAGCACAGCAGCCAGGAGCAACCAUGGGUAUAGGAGCAUCCCGAUUAAGAGUGCGGCAGAGCUCCAGGGAGGAGAAACAGCUCCCUGCAGCUGCGGACCAUGGACAAGCCCUGGAAGCCUCAGAAAAGCCCUCAUCACCUGCCCCAUCCGUGCCACCCCGGCUCAGCCACAGGGUCCCCAUGGCUGAGCCCAGCCCUGUGAGUUUGCCGGAGAGUCGCCCCACAUCCAACCCUUCCCUGCCUGCCGCGGCCACCCCCAGGAGGGGAGACCUUUCCCCACCCCCUGGGGCACCCUCACAGCCGGGCUCGGYGCAGGGCAGGCUGGAAAUGGUUUCCAACAUCAUCUAUGAAGGACUCAAGCCAUCCUUGGCACCCACUGUGGACGCAGGAGGGGAGGACAGUCCCCAGGGCCRGACUCUCAUGGAGUCACCAGGUCCAUCCCUGCAGGAGCCAACCUACGUGGCCGAGAAGCCUGAGAGCCCUGUCUGCCCCGUCACAGGCCUGCCCCCCAUCCCACAGAGACCAUCCACCAAGCCAGACCUCGGGGAGCCGUUUGUCAGCCCCUACUGUGAGACCGUCUUUGGACACGGGGGUCCUGCUCAGGAUCAGAAGGGUCUGGGCACCCCCUCCAGGCAGAGCUACGACGGAGGGGCAGAGCAGGAGAUGGAGAGAGAAGCGUGCAGGACAAGCAGCGAGUGCAGCAGCGAUGGGAAGAGCGAGGACGAGGAGACACGAACCAGGCUCAUCAACCGCAUCAUCCAGAAUGACACCGAAGGCUACUCCACCGUGGAGGCACCACAGGCCGAGGGCACCCAGUUCAGCCUGCCAUCCCACUUGUACCCGGAUGAGGUCCUGGAUGACCUGACCAUCUCCCCCUAUGCAAGCUACACGUCCCUCUCCGAGCCCCGACCCACCAUGCUCAGGGGCUGGCUGGACAAGCUCUCCCCACAGGGGAACUAUGUCUUCCAGAGGCGCUAUGUCCGCUUUGAUGGGAAGAACCUCAUGUACUUCAGCAGYGAGAAGGAGCCCUACCCCAAGGGGGUGAUCCCACUGUCYGUCAUCGAGAUGGCUCGCCCCACCAAAGACAACAAGUUCCAGGUUGUCACCAGCCACCGGAUCUUUGUCUUCCGUGCUGAAAAUGAGGCCCAGAGGAACGAAUGGUGCUCCACUCUGCAGAAGAAGGUGGUGGACCAGCGCUCAGGGGGCACCCGGCCUCGGCCCGCCAACACUGCUCACUGCCAGAAGUCRGGAAUCCUGGAGCUGAAGGGGCAGAAGUCCAAGGUGUUUGCAGCCCUGAGCCUGCCUGAGAUGUGGCUGUACAAAAGCGAGCAGUUCUUCAAAAUGGGCAUUGGCAUCUGCUUGAUUGAGAUGCGUGGCUCCACUAUCCGGGAGGCCAAGAACCGCAGCUUUGAGCUCAUCACCCCCUUCAAGAUAUUCAGCUUCAUGGCAGAGUCAGAGCGGGAGAAGCGCGAGUGGAUGGAGGCCCUGCAGGAAGCCAUCGCUGAGACACUCUACGACUAUGAGGUGGCAGAAAAGAUCUGGUCCAACAAAGCAAAUAAACACUGCGCAGACUGCCGGGCUCUGAAUCCUGACUGGGCAUCCAUCAACCUGUGUGUGGUCAUCUGCAAGCAGUGCGCAGGACAGCACCGCAGCCUGGGCUCCAAUAUUUCCAAGGUGCAAAGUCUGAAGCUUGACACCAGCAUCUGGUCCAAUGAGAUCGUACAGCUCUUCAUCAUGCUGGGUAAUGACAGAGCCAACCGGUUCUGGGCCGCUCGCCUCCCCGUYGCCGAGGCCCUGUGCCCAGAUGCGAGCACCGAGCAGAGACGGGACUUCAUCUCCCGCAAGUACCGGGACGGCCGGUACCGCCUGCCCCAUCCCCAUUACUCCACCCAGGAUGAUGUGCUGCAGGCACUGUGCACUGCAGUGGCAGGACCAGGCUUGCUCAAGACCAUCUUGCAGUUCUUCUCGUCYGCCGAGGCUGGGCUGACAGUUGACACUGGCAUCUGCGAGGUGUCCCCAAGCACUGACCUCUGGAGCCCGGAGAGCAAAAGGCCCAGGAACCACUCAGGCGCCCCAGAAGCAGGCCCGGAGGGCGUCUACAACGAGAUCACUCAGCCGGCGACACACAGCGGCUACCUGCACCGGAGCGCGGCCCUGCACCGGCCGCCGGGCGCCAAGAAGAGCAGGGAGGACUUCCAGCGCGCCUGGUGCUCCCUGGAGAAGACCCUGCUCUUCUUCGAGACCGACAAGUGCACGGAGCCCCUGGGCCACGUYGAGAGCAGGGACCUCCUGUCCCUGGGCGUGAGCAGAGCCCACGCGCUCCCCAGCCCYGGCUCUGCAGAAAGGUUUCGCUACACCCUCGAGCUCUUCCUCGCUGGGGACAAAGUGCAGCAGCUGGGGCUUGACGGGCCUGACACGCUGCAGGCCUGGGCCAGCGCCAUUGGCAAGUGGUUCACGCCGGUGAGCUGUCAUUGCCUGCUGGGCUACGAGUUUCAGCGCGUGGGCCAGCUGCGCUACAAGUGCAUGCUCAACCCCGAGCAGUGGCAGCAGGCCUUCUUCAUCCUGCAGAAGGCCCACCUCUUCAUCUGCCCCACUGAAGAUGACGGGGCCGAAGACAGCAUCAACCUGCGGCGGCUGCAGGAGCUCAGUAUGGUCCCCCCGACAGAAACACCGGAGAAGAAGGAGCUGCUGAUCCUGGUGGAGAUGGGGAGGACGUUUUACCUGCAGGGCAUGUCGCGGGCAGACUCGGCCGCGUGGUACGCAGACAUCCAGGCAUCGGCGGGGGGCCGGGGUAACGCGCUGCGGGACCAGCAGCUGAGCCGCGGGGACAUCCCCAUCAUYGUGGACAGCUGCAUCGCCUUCAUCACGCAGUACGGGCUACGGCAUGAAGGGAUUUACCGCAAAAAUGGAGCCAAGUCCCGGAUCAAGGUACUAAUGGAGGAGUUUCGGCGGGACGCACGCAACGUCAAACUGCGCAUCAGCGACAACUUCAUUGAGGACGUCACAGAUGUGCUGAAGAGGUUCUUCCGAGAGCUUGAGGAUCCUGUCUUCACCCUGGAGCUGCAUCCACAGUGGAAGGAGGCUGCAGCAAUCUCCUCCAAGCCCCAGCGCCUGGAGCGCUACAAAGAGCUCAUUCAUCGCCUGCCUCGCCUCAACCGCAAGACCCUGGCUGCGCUGAUCGGGCAUCUCUAYCGAGUGCAGAAAUGUGCCGACCUCAACCAGAUGAGCACCAAGAACCUGUCGCUGCUCUUUGCGCCCAGCCUCUUCCAGACUGAUGGCAAAGGGGAGCAUGAGGUCAAGGUGAUGGAAGACCUCAUAGACAACUAUGUCAGCAUCUUUAAUAUUGAUGAGGAUCAAGUAUCCCAGAUGGAUCUGGAGAACAGUCUCAUCACCACCUGGAAGGACACCCAGCUCUCGCAGGCAGGAGACCUCAUCAUCGAGGUUUACCUAGAGCAGAAGCUGCCUGACUGCUGCGUCACGCUGAAGGUGUCCCCCACGAUGACAGCAGAGGAGCUCACCAACCAGGUGCUGGAGAUGCGCAACGUGGCAGCCAGCCUGGAUAUCUGGCUGACCUUUGAGGCCCUGGAGAAUGGGGAGCUGGAGCGGCCUCUGCACCCCAAGGAGAAGGUGCUGGAGCAGGCCUUGCAGUGGUGCAAGCUCCCAGAGCCCAGCAGCGCCUACCUGCUGGUGAGGAAGGUCCCCAUCGGUGAGGGCAGCUGUCUCUUCACAGGUGCCAAGCGUGAGACUCCUAAGUGCGGGCUGCUGAAAUGCCGCGAGGAGCCCCCCAAGCUGCUGGGAAACAAGUUUCAGGAGCGUUAUUUCGUCAUCCGAGAACGGAAGCUGCUGCUGCUCAAGGAGAAGAGGAGCGCCAAGCCGGAGCGAGAGUGGCCCCUGGAYGCAGCCAAGGUUUACAUGGGCAUUCGGAAGAAGCUGAAGCCACCAGGCCAGUGCGGUUUCACUCUGAUUCUGGACAAGCAGCAGCUGUACCUGGUGUGCUCGGGGCAGGCUGAGCUGUGGGACUGGACCACCAGCAUCCUCAAGGCUCAGCACGAUGACCUGCGUCCCGUGAUCAUGCGCCGGCGUUCCUCAUCCGACCUUGCCAAGCAGAAGUUCGGCACGAUGCCACUGGUGCCCCUGCAUGGGGACAGCACCGACACCACCAUGCUCUCCGCCAACCAGACCUUGCGCCGCCUGCACACGCGAAGGACUUUGUCCAUGUUCUUUCCCAUGAAGAUGCACCAGGACUCUCUGGAGGAGCAGCAGGAAAAGGAGGUGGACACAGAACCUGUCUACGAGGAAGUGGGCAACUUCUCCGAGCUGGCCUCUCUGGAGCUGGACCAUGAACUGCUGGCAGGCCUGUCAUCUAUCUCCUCCAUGGCCAGAUCCAAGAAGACAUCCCCAGCCCCUGAGCAGCCCCCGGCUCCAGCACUGCGCUCCUCACUGCCCACCAACCCAGCCCAGAGGGUCUCAGGUCCCUCCGUCACCAAAGCCCUGUCUCUUGAAAGGGGCUUGAACCUUGAAUGUGACAAAAGUCCAGCCCACAGAGGGUCUACUGGGCUCAGACCCACCAAAACAGCCUCUCUUGAGAGGAAUCUGGAAUCUUCUCUAGUGCUAACUGGGGACCAGGACCAGGUGUCUGCACGAGGGGGCAAUCUCAGUCCCAGCACAGAGCCACCCCUGGAGAUCCCUAAGAAAAGAAACAUUCAGCCUCCCUCACCCAUCAACAACCAACUGAUCCAGGAGCUCAGCAGCAUCAUCCUCAAGAAGAACGAAGGCCAGCCCCCAGGAUCAGGACUAGGAGCAGGACCAGGGCCGGGGCCAGGGCCGGGCCAGCAGGUAACAUGACUUGCCAUGCCCAAUGGGUGGCC